AUGUCCACCGCAAACCAAUGUCGCCAGUUCUCUUUCAACUCAUAUUUGAUUACCCCCAAGGAGCUUGAUUCCGCCCUCAAGAAAAACCCGCGCACGAAGAUCUCCACCUCCCCUCGUGUGGUACCGCUAUGCGCGGCCUGGUUUAUGCCGAACGACCCCGAGGGUCGCAAAGGAAUUGACAUCUUCCGCAAGCAUCGCGUUCCGGAGGCUCGCUUCUUCGACCUAGACGGAGUUAAGGAUCAUGACUCGCCCUACCCGCACAUGCUCCCUACCGCCGAAACGUUUGCUGAAGCAAUGAGUGAGCUUGGCAUUCGCCGCGACGAUGAGGUGGUGGUCUACGACACUGAGGAGCUGGGCAUCUUCAGCGCUCCCCGCGUCGGAUGGACCCUUCGGGUCUUUGGACACCCUCGAGUCCAUCUACUCAACAACUACAGGCUGUGGGUUCGCGAAGGAUACCCGACGGAGACGGGUGAGCCCUCCCAGCCGGAGCGGACCAACUACCCCGUACCUACGUAUGAUUCAAAACUCGUGAUCCCUUACCGGGAGCUCAAGGAGAUCGCCAAGGAGCAUAGGAAGGAGGGCGCAAAGGAAGUAGAGAUCCUGGACGCACGCUCGUACGGCCGCUGGGCGGGAACCGAUCCUGAGCCACGUCCGGGCCUGUCGUCAGGCCAUAUUCCUGGCUCCCAAAGCUUAGCUUUUCAACAGCUGCUGGACCCGGAAACCAAGACUUAUCUCCCGGGGCCAGAGCUACGCAAGAUCUUCGAAGGCAAGGAUAUUGAUGAGUCCAAGUCCAUCAUCAGCUCUUGUGGCACCGGUGUGACAGCAACUAUCAUUGAGACGGCACUAGGCGAAGCGGAGUUUGGAGAGCCCAACCUACGGAGGGUAUACGAUGGCAGCUGGACUGAGUGGGCACAACGUGUCAAGCCCGAGGAGGGUCUCAUCAAGAAGGCAACGUAG